AUGGAGUCCAAAGCAAUAGAAAACUUGCGCAGGAUGUUUGGUGACCAGAACAUCUGGGAGCUACCUGCGCCACCUGAACCACCCGCCAUGGGAUCUGGACCACAGCCUGCACCGCAGCGCAUUCACGGCAAUGACAGACAGGGAGCCCGAGAGCCAGAUUCUAUCGAUGAUUCAUACUUGAGUUCGGAAGAUGAAGACUUCGAACUGAGCACAAGAAAUUGCGCAAACAAACCUCUACAACAAAAGCGUGGAAAGUGCGGCAAGAACGUUCACUUCAGCAGCAGUGAACCUGCCGUCUUCUCCGAAGCAGAGCAGGAUGAAAUUGCCUUCCGGUACCUUGGCCUUAAUAAGGGAGACAAGUCCCACAAAACCGAGGCCUUCAUCGCAUGGAAGUUCCUUGUGCGCUACGCUGAGAACUACGUGGGCAAAGCAAACAACCCCAAAGUUGCGCCGUAUUUUGAGGAGAAGGCCUUGUUUAACAACCAACAAUGGGAUUUCUUCUACCUCUUCGAACCCGACGAGACGAAAGAAGACCCAAUUCUUCUGGUACCCACCCGACAGUUGUCCGCCCUACUCCGCAAGAUCAACAGGCAGCUCAAGAUCAACUUGACCAUCCCGGCAGGCGGGAACGAGAAGAAGUUCUACACUCGUUUUGGCACCUUGGGCACACCCGUCCCCCGAUACCUCUGCCGUACGGGAGAUUGUGCGUCGUAUGACAGCCUUCUCGCCGAAACGCCACAGCCUGAGGCAGAGGACGACCUCGUGGGCCUGACACAGUACCAGCAGGACGAGUUUGCAGAGCUCGUUAAGAAUGUCAGGCAGAGUUGGCAGGGAAGUGGAAAGAACAAGGGCAAGCGAAGGAAGGCCGAGAAGCGUUUCGAGGACCGAAAACAAUGGGGACGCGCUACCAAGCGUGUUCAGCGAUAUCUGGGUCUGCGCGAGAAGGCGAAUCCCAUCACGAACUAUCGAGUGGCCACUGGGCAGGAGACAGGGCCUUCCAAGGAUCUCACUCUUGUCGUCGAUGCUCCAGCUCCUUUCGAGCAAGACGGACACGUUGUCUUUGUUUGCUUCGAUGUCGAAACCUACGAGAAGAAUCCUGGCCUUGUCACCGAGCUAGGCUUUGCCAUUCUUGAUACUAAUAGGCUCAUCGGCGUUGCGCCGGGUGCGGGUGCCCAGAAUUGGUUCGACCUGAUUCAAGCCCGUCAUAUUCGCAUCAAGGAGUACUCUUACAUUACGAACAUGGAAUUCGUCCACGGCUGUCCUGAUAGCUUCAUGUUUGGAGAGUCCGAGUUCGUACCCUCGGCUGAGGUCCUCGGGGUCGUAGAGGAGAUCUUGACACCCAAGUCGGAAUCAGGGCAGCCGAGGAGCGUGGUUCUCGUUGGCCACGACGUCAAACAGGAUAUCGACUACCUGAAUUCUCUUGGCUUCGACGUGUACGAAAUGGCGAAUCUCUUGGAGAUUGUCGACAACCAGAAAUUGCACCAGCACCGGAGAAGAUUCCAUAACGGACAGUCUCUUUGCGCCAUAUUGGCCGGCCUCGAGAUUCCGUACCGGUUCCUUCACAACGCGGGCAAUGAUGCGGUGUAUACACUGCAGUCUCUCCUCCACCUCGGCGUCCUCAAGCGACAGGAGAGCCUGGCCAAGGCGUUGGAGAAACAAGUAUUGUCUGGAGGUAUGAGCCAGAGCAUUGAGCCCGACGCUGAAGCAGGAUGGAGCACGGGCGGCGAGGACACUGAUGGUGGUCAUGGUACGGUCACAUACCUCGGUAAACCGAAGAGACAUACCAGACAUAACGAGGAGCUAGAUUUUGACCACACCAAAGGUCCUAUCUUAUCCCCGCGUGAGACCGAUCCAUAA